GGGCGUUUGAGGACAAUCUCAGUCGACGCGAGUCUCAGACUCGAGGACUUUGGCAACUCGGACCCAGGCCUGAAUAGCUGGUCGAGAGGCUCAAAAACAGUUGCAAAGACUGCAAGCAGCAGCCAAACAAAGCUGUUUGUCUCUCCAGCCGGUUCAACUGCAAUCAAACAUGCCGCCACCCAGGGCCGAUCUCUGGAGCUCUGGUGUGGACGAGACGGUCGAAGUGAACCAGCGGGCGUUGAUAGACAAAAUCCUGGCCCGUUACUCGGGCGAGCACACCAUCUUCCGAGAACUCCUUCAAAACGCAGAUGACGCAAGAGCGGAGCACGUCCAAGUCAAGUUUUACACCCAAGCUUGCCUUGACGCCUUAGAGGGCGGCGGUGGACCAUCUAGAUUGCCGAAUGCGAAGAAGGAUCAGAUCGUCCGAUACGUUGUGAGCAACGACGGGAUACCUUUCCGUGCACAAGAUUGGCAGAGGCUCAAGAAAAUUGCCGAAGGUAAUCCAGAUGAGGAGAAGAUCGGAGCAUUCGGAGUUGGUUUCUACUCGCUGUGGAGCGUCUGCGAUGAUCCAUUCGUCGAAUCAGGCGAUAAAUGGAUGGGAUUCUACUGGAAGGACGGGAAAGACCAGCUUCUGGCGAGAUCCGGUGAUCUGCCGCCGGACCCUUCGACAUCCAAAGUCGAGCCUUCGUCUACCGGUCAUCCAUGGACAACCUUCAUCAUGACAUUGAGGGAGCCGACCCUCCUUGAAGGACCGCUUGAUCUCGCGAGGUUUCUGAUCACCAGUCUUACCUUCAUGCGAACAGUAAAGAAGAUUGACAUGCUUGUCGAUGAUAUCAAGGUGUUGGAAGUCGCCAAAGAUGUCAAAGGCAAGGACAGAGUGAUCAAACGGGGUCUGAAGACGAGCAGUGCGGGAGGUAUGAUGACCAUCACGGGGGUCGACGCGACGGGAAUGGUCAUCAAGGCAAAGGUUCGCCAAUGGCUCGCGGCCACUGGAUUCACUCCUCCUAUCGCUGCACCCAUUGCGUUGCCGAGUCUUUCGAAGCCUACUAAAGCGCUAUCAAAUUUCCUAUCAUCCUCAUUUUUCAGCCGUUCUAGUCCUGCUCCUGCUCCUGCUCCUCCGCCGGCUCCGCCCGAGCCCGUUCACGAUCCGAUGGAAACGACAACACUUCACAGAGAGAUCCAAAUUUAUCAAGCGGAGAUCAAAGUCUCAGUGACGACAUCGUUUGGGCGAGAGUUGGAAAGAGCGACAAAGAAGCCACCGCCGAAAACGAUGCCAGCGAGUCUCGUGUUCUCGCGAGGAGAAUCAGAACAACCGACUCCCGAUGACGCUGGUCCGUCCGCCCCUGCGAAAGACGUUGGACGUGUGUUUGAGGGUCUAUGCCCUUCGCUCGACAGCGAUCAAUCAGCAAAAGUUUUCAUAGGACAAGCCACGAGUCAGACCACAGGUAUUGGCGGUCAUUUAGCGGCAAGAUUCAUCCCGACAGUCGAACGAGAAUCCAUCGAUCUGGUCGACAGACAUGUAUCCCUAUGGAAUAAGGAACUUUUAUGGAUCGGAGGAUAUCUCAGUCGAUUAGUCUACGAGCUUGAAUUCCAAGACUUGCAACUGCUAUGGUCAACAACAUCUGUCAGCGAUGAAGAAACGCGUCAGCAGUUGAUAACAAGAGGGUUACACACUCUGCGAUUCUUCUCCUUCAGACCCACGACACCGUCAGCUAUGGUCGGGCAAGGCAUGGAAUCCGCCUUUUUUGACUGCUCGACUGACAACAAGAGCUUACCGAUGCUGUCGACUGCAGGAGUCUUGCCCGUGAAGGAGGUCCGCUUACCCAACGCGGAGAUUCAAGCUUUCUUGCCGGACUUGCCGGUCAUCACCCCUCGGGCCGUAGAAGCAGCCUCGCGCACAGUUGCUCGACUUCGAGAUCAGAUGCUUCUCCGCGAUGUCAUUCUCGAAGACGUGGUCAAACAAUUAUCCGCUCGACCUCUCACAGAGGAGGAGAUGACGUUGUGUCUCAAAUGGUGGCAAAAGGUCGCAGGCGUCGACGGAUACAACGCUCCGAUGCGAGCGAGGCUGCUGGAUGCAGCGGUCAUGGUCCAGGAAAGUGGCAAAGUCGUCCCCUUGUCAAUCGUCCAGACGUUCAUUAAACCGCAGAGUUCCUCAAUCCCUACCGACAUGCCACUCCCUCAGCACACCAUUCCAUACACUGUCACCAAAGAUCUCAAAGGCAGUUCAAUUUAUGACGUUUUUGGCUGGACGGAGCUUUCUCUUGUGCAGUAUAUCACUUUCCUGAUUACCCCUCCGAUGUCUGAGGCUCCUGGUGCAAACCCGGAGACGGAUAUUCGAGCAUCUCCAGCUUUUGCUGAGAGAGUUUUGGCAUUGAUGGGCAGAGCGUGGCAGUCCAUAACCUGCAUUCCAACCAAGGCGGGAUUCAAAAGACCUAGCGAAGCAUAUUUUGAGAAGAACCUCUUGUUUGACGAUCUACCUACGUUGGCAUUCCCGAAGAAUACGGCCAUCCGUGGUGGAAUGGAAAAAAUGCUUCUCGGAAUCGGUGUCCGCAAGACUGUCGAUCUACAACUUGUCUUUUCUCGACUCGUUGGCGGAGGAUCCUGGACAUGUCAGGAUCUCAUGAAGUAUCUUGUCUCGGUCAAAGAUACCUUGACCAGCGAGGAGCUUGCAAGGCUGCGGCAGACCGCAGCCUUUCCCUUGGAAGUGGAGACAGUCGAGGGCCAGGACAAGGCUCCUAUCGCCAGGAGAAAACCGCAUCAGCUCUACGAGCCGACAGAAGCCAUGCGGAAUUUAGGAAUGCCGUUAUUGGAUUGGGGCGAUGGAAAAUGGAGAUCUAACUCAGAUGAAGCGAAGAUGCUAUUUUCCUUAGGGUUGAGGAAAUAUCCUCCUAUUGAUGAGCUAUUGGGAGUAGCGGCGGGUCGUCCGCCUACGAGCGAACGAGCUCUCGUUUAUCUACUUGCGAACUUGAAUGUCCAUUACAUCAAUUUUGAUCCUUCAGCUUUCGCUGGCGUGGCGUUCUUACCGGCUACCACACCCACAGGGGCCAGAGUUCUCGCUAAGCCUGGAGAGGUCUUCUCGAAUAAAGCAUGUGCCAUCCUCGGUUUCGCCAUAGCCGAGCCAUUCAUCGCAACUCCAGAGAAUUCAGCAAAACUCCGCAUUGCAACUGACCCGCCGAUGGAGAAGCUUGUCAAUGCCUUGUUGUCGCCGCCAAUCACAGACAUUGUCAAAGCGCGCGCAGUCUUCGAAUACCUGUCCACCAGAAUCGGCAACUCUGUCCAAUCAUCCAUUGAGCGCCUGCAAAGCGCGAGUUUUAUACCAGUCAAAUCUGAGAAGGGAGUUUACCUCGCAAAACCUUUUGAGGUUUACUUCGUUCCCAAAGACGGCAGUGAAAGCCCUUACAAAAGUUCGUUCACCUUUGUCGACUUUGGAGAGCGAGGCAAUCUAUUCCUGCGAUACUGCGGAGUCAGGUCGGAGCCUUCCGUCAAGGACGUCGCCCGGCUUCUGCUUCGUGAUCCACAACACAUGCUAGAGCAGGCAGGGUCGCCGGACAAAUACCUCGACCAGCUUCGACUGCUCGCUGCUAAUUGGACGAAUUUUGAUUUUGGUAUUCGAUCGGCCAUGAAGUCCGCCGCUUUCGUUCUCGCAUCGCAACGAGUUCCUGUGAAAAGUCAGAGCAAGAAAAUGUUCGGCUCUUGGGGUGGAAGCGAAGAGGAAUAUUCAAGAGAAUGGGUGUUAGCCAAAGCGUCUGAUGUCGCACUGAAUGACAACAUCACCAUGAUGCAAUACUUUGGAAAGCAGAUACUGGCCGCUCCAGAGGAGCAACUACUCGAGACAUUCUACGAGCACCUCGGAGCCAAGUCACUCAGCUCUUUAGUCAAGACUGAAUACAUUCCCCAUCAUCCCGUCCAAAAUACGUCCGACCAAGCCAAGCAGCUCUGCCGCCACGUCCUCGAACGCCUCACCAUCUUCUUGGCUGAGGCUCGACGGAAACACUCCGAUUACAGUGUGGAGCAGCUCAGCAAGGAUGGGAAUUUCCAGGUGGCGGAGGUGAGAGAGCUGGAAGCAAGAUAUACAUACAGGCAGGGCAAGCGGGAAUAUAAUCAUCGAGAGAUGCUAUACGCUACUGCGUGGACGCACGCCCGAGGAAAGGGCAUCAUCUUGACUGUGUCGCUCACAGCCCAGCCAGAUGAUUACGAUAUCGCCUCGGCACUGUGCAGUAUUCUGCUGAAGUCGCCCAAAGCAGAUGAUGCGCUUUUACUUUAUUCCAUUCUCUCUACCCCUCUUAUGGCGCUCAAGAAGCGAGGAUUCAAUGUCGACAGGAUUCUCAAUCAGCAGCGAGAGGAGAAAUUACGACUCAAAGCAGAAUCUGCCAGAGACCGGGAGAAGGCGGCAGCGGUCGCAGCUGCAGAAGCUCCUCGACCACCUCCGCCGAAUGCGAACGGUGAUGACUUGUCCAUCAAGUCUUCAGAAUCACGCGAUACGGCGGUCGACAAAGAGAGCUUUUCCAAUUCUAGCAAGACUCGAUCUCUACUCAACAAGUUGAAGCGAUCAGGUAGUAAGGACCUCCAGGCUGGUAAUAUUCCAGGCGCAUUUCCAGGCAUGUCGGGUAUCCUGCCUUCGCCUUCUGGGCUCAGCGGGGCAAUGAACGGGGCCACUGCGGUGCAUGGUGGCGGCACCUCCACGCAAACUACUAAACGGCCCACAGACCUUCAGUCUAUUCGUAAUACCGUGGAAAAAGCAAUCAAUGCCUCGAGACCCGAGAUGGGGACUCAAAUCCGUGACAGUCGGCAGGCUGUUCGCGACGUGUCAGAAAGUCAGGAAGAGUACUGUGACGCCAGCGCGCAAGCAGAUAUUGUACUUGCCAUCGAUCCAGGACGCCAUGGGCUUAAGAUCUGGGUUCCAAGAGACAUCCCUGAUCAUGGUCAAUUUCUACAAGAUAAACUUGCAAUCUGUCAACGCUUCUGCGCGGACAUUUUGCUACCGAUUAUAAAUGUUUACAACCUCGCACCUGGGGUCAUGAACAUCUUUUGGGACCACGAAGGACCGCUUAUAGCUUUCAACCGGGCCGGCAGUAUAUUCUGUAAUGCGCGGUAUUUUUCAGCGUGGCACGAUGGUCCGGUCCAGAAUGGGGUCAAAGGAGAUGCCUUCAUCUCUUGGUAUUUCAGCAUCGCUCACGAGCUCGCGCACAAUCUCGAAUCUGCGCACAACGCAUCUCACGAGUUCUACUUCUCCAGUAUCGCAGAGGAAUAUCUUGUUCGCUUUGCUGAACUACUCAGAUCUUAGAAAUAAUACAUUUUUGUCUAGCAUAGUUGUCAUACAGAAUGUAUCCCCUU